UAGCGGUGACGUCAUCCCGCGCCGGAAACGACACCGCCUGAAACCGGAAGUUAACCGUAGCUGCUAAUGUUGUUGUUGUUGUUGCUGCUGCGUCGAAGAAGAGCUAAAGAAGCUAAGAAGAUUAAACCUGACUUUUCCUCAUAAAUAAAGGCAAAAAUGGGGAAGAAGCACAAGAAACACAAACCCGAGUGGAGAAAGGUUGAAAAAGACUAUGAGGACAAGCCCCUGGAUAAACCGCUGAAGCUGGUGCUCAAGGUGGGCGGCAGUGAAGUGACCGAGCUCUCCGGAUCCGGCCACGACUCCAGUUACUAUGACGACCGCUCUGACCACGAGUGGGAGCGGCACAGAGAGAAGAAAAAGAAGAAGAAGAAGAAAUCGGAGAAGGAGAAAUAUGUAGAUGAUGAGGACAGGAGGAGGAGGAAGGAGGAGAAAAAGAAGAAGCGUGAGAGAGAGCAGUCAGAAAACGCUUGCAGUGCACCAGUGGAGCCCUUCACCCUGCCGAAGCCCGUGGAGGUGCUUCCAGAGGAGAAGAAGAGGAAGCGGGACAAAUUCGAAUCGGAAUCAGAAGCAGAAGAAUUUCAUCCUGGAGUGAAAGUAGAAGUGGAGCAGCAGGCGGAUCGGCCCGUACGAGCCUGUCGAACUCAGCAAGAAAACGAAUCCACCCCUCGCCAGCAGCUCUUGGAGCAUUUCUUGCGCUUGCUUCAGAGGAAAGAUCCACACGGAUUCUUCGCCUUCCCAGUGACAGACGCCAUUGCUCCAGGAUACUCCAUGAUAAUCAAACAUCCCAUGGACUUCAGCACAAUGAAGGACAAAAUCGACGCAAACGAAUACAAAACUAUCACAGAAUUCAAGGCAGACUUCAAGCUGAUGUGUGACAACGCCAUGGUUUAUAACCGACCGGAGACGGUUUACUACAAAGCUGCCAAGAAGCUUCUCCACACAGGAUUCAAAAUGAUGAGCAAAGAGCGGCUGUUAGCUUUGAAGCGCAGCAUGUCUUUUAUGCAGGACAUGGAUUUCUCUCAGCAGGCUGCCAUUUUGGGAGAUGACCACAUUACGCCUGAGGAACCGGUGACGGAGAUCACACCAAUCCACACGGAGUACCCCAAAAAGUCCAAAAAGCAGCCCGUCAAGGAGCCCAUCAUCAGUGAUCUGUAUGAGCAGGAGGGCAACGCCUGCAGUUUGACGGACAGCACGACGGAGGAGCAUGUGUUGGCGCUGGUGGAGCACGCGGCGGAUGAAGCACGGGAUCGAAUCAUCCGUUUCGUGCCAAGCUCUAAGAUGGGGUACCUCAAAAAGGACUCUGAUGGUUCCCUCAACUACACUGUUGUAAAUCAAGAUCCUGAAGCAGAAGAGGAAGAGACUCUUCCUGUAGAUUUGAGCUCUUUGGCGAACAAGCUCAUACCUGGACUGACGUCGCUGGGCUUUAAAGACGACAGGAGACACAAAGUGACGUUCUUGAGCAGCGCGUACAACACUCAGACUCUUCAGAACAACUCCGUCUAUCCUGAUCUACUUCCAGAGGAGAUGGACAUGCUGUACUCGGCUUACGGAGACGAGACCGGGGUCCAGUGCGCUCUCAGUCUGCAGGAGUUUGUUAAGGGUUCUGGGAGUUUUACCAAAAGGCUUGUGGAUGAUUUGCUGGAUAAAAUGACAGCUGGUGAUCAUUCGAAGGCUGUCAUGCAAAUCCGACAGAAAAGGAACAUGCCGAUUGAUGACACUAAGUCUAGUUUAUGUGACAUGCCGGGAACAGAUGGAAGCGGCAUAGAAGCUGGUUCAGUGCUGGAUUUCAUGAGCAUGAAGAGCUACCCAGACAAUCCUCUAGAUAUGCUCAACACGUUACGUAAAUGUGUGAAGAAGGAGCCGGAGCAUGAAGACGGUCAUCAGCACUUUGAUGACGCAGCCAAACUUCUGCAGGAGUUUCAUGACGCAGCGGUGGACCGAGUCGGAUCCCGACCGUCAUCCAAUCUUUCGUCCCUGUCAAACAAUUCAGAGAGGGAUCCGCACCAUUUAGGAAGUUCCCCUCAUCUUGGAGAUCAGACAGAGAUGGUUGAGGACCCUUAUGAGUUCCUGCAGUCUCCAGAGCCCGGAUCCACCGCUAACAGCUGAUGUGACUCUCAGACGGACUCGCUGUGAUCAUGUGCUGUUCUAAAGGACUGGACAGACUCACUGCAUCACCUGCUUGUUUUUAAAUAAAAGCUCUGUGUCUGA